CAGUGCUACGACAUUUUAGGUUACAUGAAACACCAUUGCUUUGUACAAUUUUUGAAAAGAUUUUCAAGUAGUGCACUUACAAGCAGAAUGGCAUAUAACUUCGUUAUGCUUUGCAACAAGUCCAUCAUUUCUUUAGAAGGCUCGUAAAUGUGGAAUUGAGGGUGAAAAUAGAGGUUAUUUACCAGGAAUUUGAGCUAUGUAAAGUUACAUACAGUAGAGCUUAUUCAAAGAUGCUCAAGCACUUUCGGUCUACAUGGCUGUGUAUUUAGAUGACUACUGUAAAUCCAGAAUUUUAUUACUCAUAAACUUUAGUACUUCUGCCCAUGAAGUAGUUCAUACACAUGCUAUUUUAGUACAGGACAUCGGUACUGUGCUGUAGCCGAAUUCAAGGGCGUCUAUCUAUAAAAUUUAGUAUUCAUGUUAUUUUAGUACAACCAGGUAUCUGUACGAAAUAACUAAAAGUUUCAUGAGUACAAAAAUUUCUGGAUUUACAGUAUGUGGGUCUGCUCAAAAUGUGUGUCACACUUCUGGUUGAAUGGGAGCUAACACUGGUAGAUUGACGUGCUUCUCAUUUUUCCAUUCAUGUAGGUUUGCUGCAUAAUAAGACCUUUGUAGUGACUGUCUUGCCUGUUGUCAUUAGUGUUUGGGAACAGUGAAUAUUAUUUCUUUGUGCUAGAAACUAAUGGUGGUGGUAGCAGUAAUGGCUAUGGCGGUGGAACAGGUUCUGUGUCAAAUGGUGGGCGGUCAUGGGUGUACUACAUUGCAGUCAGUGUACUUGGAACUGUCGUCAUUAUUGUGUUGAUUGUCUUCACUGGCUACCAGUAUAGACGUUGGCAGGAUCCAAAGAUUCAAAAACGGAGAAGAAUUCAUGCUGAGGCAGAGCUAUGUACACUGAGAUCUCUUCCAGGUGGUGAAACGUUGACUGCUACAAGUAAAACACAAGUUCAGAAUGGAAAUUGUGCAGAUUCUGGCUAUGCAAGCCAUGUGGUAGACGGUGAUAGAGUGUUGGCUGUAAAACUUAGAAGCGUGGCUAUUGAUAGGAGUAGAGUAGUGUUAAGCACAGUCUUGAAGCAAGGAUCUUAUGGUGUUUUCUGUCGUGGUACUUUACUUCAUUCAAGACCAAUAGGAGAGGACACAGAUGGAGACUGUGGUUCAGGCAGGCAGUCUCAACUUGGAGAAGAAGUUCUAGUAAAGGCAAUUACUUCUUCUACCAGGGAUUGGGAAAUUCAACAGUUUAUGAUCAGUGUUGGAUCACUUGUUGUCAACACACACAGAAAUGUGCUUAAUAUAUUGGGCGUUUCAUCUGCUAUUAGUGGAUCUCCUGUGGCAAUCUAUCCACUUGUGGUUGAUGGCCAGAGUCUCAAAGAUCUGCUAAUGAAGCGGAGGGAGACAGAUGCAGCUGGUGCUCCUCUUCAGCCUCUGUCAGUACCACAGCUUGUUUAUAUUUCAGCUCAGUUUGCUCGUGGUAUAAAUCAUCUUGCUCGUAAUGGUUUGGUGCACAAAGACAUUGCAGCAAGAAACUGCUUAGUCACUUCACAGUUGCAGGUAAGAGUGAUGGAUGGAGCUUUGGGGAUGGAUCUCUUCCCAGGAGAGUAUGAUACAGUGGGUGAAAAUCCUGUAAAGCUUCCAAUAAGGUGGAUGUCAGCUGAGUGUCUGACUGGUCACGCAGCAUCUACAGAAAGCGAUGUGUGGUCGUUUGGUGUUGCAAUGUGGGAGAUCAUGACUCAUGGUGAUGUUCCAUAUGAAAGUUUGAAGGCAGAAGGACUUCUGAUGACUCUACAGGAUGGUCAACGGUUAGAGCAGCCUUCUUCUUGUCCAAACCAAAUCUUUUCAUUAAUGGGGCAGUGUUGGGCUUUAUCGCCUGAGGAUCGACCAAGUUUUCAUCAGUUGACAAUGGCCUUGCAUGAGUUCUACGCUGCUCUUACCUGUUUUAUAUAGCUCUACUCUACCACGUGCAGAGAUUGAUUAAAUAAUUACCCUGUUUCUUGGCAUAGAUCAGAGCAGCCUUGUGUAUCAGAGUUUCCAUCUUAGGCAGCAAGUAUUACUAAUGAACUGCUAGUUCAGUACUGAAGAGUUUUCUAUGCGUGUACAUAUAUAGAAGGUAGAGUGAUUUCUUGUGGUUUGAUGUUCUAGAUAGAGAAAAUCAACCAUGUCCAAUGAGAUCACAUUGGAGUCUAUUUUGUGCACAAAUUCUAG